CACCAAGCCGUCAAACGCCCCAUGGGCCGAUGAGCCCUUUCACCUCAUUACGCUGCCGUCUAAGCGACCUGAGCUCGUAGAUGAGAAGCACGCAUAUAUACAUGCAUCAUCUGAGAUGGUCCAUGUGCACAAUGUGGUCAUCCGCGGCCUGAAUACCAUCCUGCAGCAAGCACCAUACGUCAAGACAAGCACCGACACUGCUUACAGCCAGAAGGAUGUCCAGGAUCUACUCUUCUACAUCACGUCCUGGGUCAAGAUGGUCGAACACCACCACGACGUCGAAGAGUCCUUCAUCUUCCCCGAGAUUGAGAAACUCGCCGACAGGCCUGGUCUGAUGGACGACCCCAAACACCAACACGAGCUGUUCCACGGCGGCAUGGUACGGUUGCUUGAAUAUACACAGUCAACACGGCCGCAGGAUUACCGGUGGGCUGGGUCCGGCGGUAUGAAGGAGAUUGUGGACUCGUUCAGCAAGGAACUGACGGAUCAUUUGUAUGCGGAAAUAGAGGUCUUUUUAUCUUUGAAAGACCUAGAUAGUGCUAGGUUGAGGAAGAUCUGGGAUGAUGGUGAGGCGAUUGCCAAAAAGAGCACCACUCUGAGCAACCUGGCCAAUGUCUUCCCCUGCGUACUUGGAUGCGCCGACAAGACUUACGAGGGUGGAAAUAACUUCCCUCCUCUUCCUUCGUUUCUGCCUUAUCUCUUCAAGUAUGGCUUUGCUGCUGGCAAUGGCGCGUGGCGUUUUAACCCUUGCGAUUUCUGGGGCCAACCUCGACCGCUGGCCUUUGGACCAGGCCAACAGGGUUGAAGGCAGGAAAGAGGUGUGGAAGUAAUCUGAAUACUUAUUAUGCGCAGGAUACUGUGAAGGAAGGUGCUCGGCCGUAGACGUGAAAUGAUAGAAUUAAUACAUGGCUCUGAGAACAACUCAAACUUCAAAAUCCAG